CAGACAACAACUCAGUCUUUUAUGCAUUAUUACUUCGAGGCUUUCUCUCUAAACUUGAUAAAUAAGAAAGUAAAAGUCAAAAGAAGAUACAGAGAGAGGAGCUCAAGUAAAAAAAAAAGCCUAGUCGUACAUGCCAUGCCCAGUAUGCGAAAAGCCACGCAACCAAAUGCAACAAGACGAGCUAAACAAAGGAAGACGGUCUAUAAUGCCAGCAAAGGCAAACCAACACUUUGCACACUAGGAAAAAAAAGGAAGAAGUAUGUCUAUGUCUAUUCCCCGCAGCGCGCUCUGAAUCCAAGAUAGAGAAAGAGAGAGUGUGUAGGAAAAGACCAGACGUGAUUGUGGUGUCGUACUCG